AUACUGUGUGUUGUGGCUGUUACCUGAAAAACAGAUGUCGUCCUGAGGCUUAUGAGUUCCAGUUCAAUUCACAUACAGUACUGCUGAACGUGCUUAUUGUUUUCCUUAUCUGAUCUUGGUUCUUUAGGUUGAGCUUGGGAAAACAAAAGAACACUCACACCCACACACGUAUGCAAGCAUGCACAUGCAAAUUAACGUAAACCCACACACACAUGCAAGCAUUAACACACAUUAGCAUACGCACGCUACAAAUUCACCUUCACCUCGCUCAGAGGCACGCACGCACACACACAAACACACACACACACAGGCAAUCCACUCUGCUGUUUUAGAAUGCAAUCAUCCGACCCCAUGCCAUCUGUGUUAUGAUGACCGAUGGGCAGAAUGAGAUGAGUAUCCAUGACUACACUAACCAUGGCCAUAACAGUAAACCUUAGUGACUACAGAGAAGGGACAACAGCAUGUCACUACGAGUGAUCUGGGAUCAGCACCCUUCUGUCCAAAGAAUCAUUCUUAAGGCAAAACUGAUCCAAGAGCAGCACUCACAUUAGAAAAGCCUUUAAAUACUGUUUUGGGUCAUGUUAGCAUCUGGUGGCUAACGGACAUCUAGUGUCUGUCAGCGAAGGAGGCGUCCAGUUACUGCAGAUGUUUGAAUUAUUGACGAGCAGCUGACAUGCACACAGCCACAGCAGCUGAAGUGUCCCGACCAACACACUCGGAUCAGGGAAAGGGACAGGGUAAUAAUGUACAGGAAAGGAAAGCCUGAGCCUUGGACUUGAAGAUCACUGAAAGAAUUGCCUUCAGUGAUCGGUGAUACAGGUAAUAUAUCCCAGUCAGUCAGUCAGUUGUCAGGUAUUGUUGAGAAUUGAGAGAUUUUUCAGUGAACACCAACGUUCAGCACACCGUCUGGAAGGCUGGGACAGCUAUUUGUUUGGGCUCAACAUUAGGAUCAUAGGCUAUUGAUUCGUUUUUUUGGACUGUUUAGUGUGUCUGGCUCUAGGUGUUGGACUGAAUAUUUGUCUUGGAUAACCGGAUCACCACUAAGAGAAGCAAUACACGGCGCUGGCAUUUUGGCGGGAUGGGAUUCAGCAUAGGCUAGACAUGAGACAUUUCAGACACACACAGCUAGAAUGCAGUGUCUCCUGAGCUGCUAGGAGUCCUGUCCUCCAUCGCGGCCUUCAUGGCCCUGAUGGCUCUGUUUUUUCUCUACCUCAGCAACAAGUUGUCAGUGGAGAAUGCCAACGACCUUUCACGUCUCGACCACUAUAGGCCUGAGCAGCAAGACCAGAGCUGCCCGGAGCAUGGUUCCGAGGAGGACAGUGAGGAGGACCAACCAGGGGAACAGUCCGAAUCCUCAACCCAUCACAAAGCCUCCAUCUGGGACAACAGACCCAAAACCCCCAGCCAUCACAGCAGUAAGGCCUCCUCUGGACAAGGCAACAGUAUCCAGCGGAUCAGACCGGGCUCCCCACUUAAUGAGCUCCAGCCUCCUCCGUACCAGGACCAGGGUAGCCCGGUCCGAGAGUCGUCCCCGGAUGGCGAUGGUACGCUGCACUCCAGCGAGGCUAGCCUCGACCAGGACACUGAGAGUUACCUCAACAAGGGCUACGAUGAGGAUGUGCCUAGCGACAGCACCGCCGUCCUAGGGCCAGAGGACGGUUCGCCCUCUCUGCUUCCCAUGGGCUACGAGCCCGAGCCACUGGCCAAGUACGGCACGCUGGACGUGGCUUUCGAGUAUGAUCCGGAGGAGCAACGCCUGGCGGUCACCGUCACAGCAGCGACCGACAUCCCGGCACUCAAACAGACAGGCAACAUUGCGUGGCAGGUGCAUCUGGUGCUGCUGCCCACUAAGAAGCAGCGUGCCAAGACGGGAGUGCAGAGGGGGCCGUGCCCGGUGUUCACCGAGACCUUCCGCUUCACCCGGGUGGAACAGGAGGCGCUGGCAGACUACGCCGUCCGAUUCCGCCUCUACAGUGUCAGGAGGAUGAAGAAGGAAAAGGUGCUGGGCGAGAAGGUGUUCUACCUGACCAAGCUCAACCUACAGGGCAAGAUGGCGCUGCCUGUAACACUGGAGCCUGGAUCCGCGCUGACGGGCUGUGGGUCAUUGGUCAGCGUCUCUCGCAGUGUGGGGGCUCUGUCGUACCGCUCCUCCGGCGAAUCUACGCCGGAGAUCUUUCUGGGCCUCGUCUACAACGCCACCACAGGGAGACUCUCUGCGGAGGUCAUCCAGGGCAGCCACUUCAAGAACACCGCUUCGGACAAACCUCCCAGUGGGCUGUUUUGUUGUAUUAAACAGUUAAUAGGGGGACAACUUUAUAUCAUGAGAGACACAUAUGUGAAGCUGACCAUGCUCGACUCCAAAGGCAAGGAAAUGUCUAAGUGCAAGACAUCAGUGUGCCGCGGGCAACCCAACCCCACCUACAAGGAGACCUUUGUCUUUCAGGUGGCCCUCUUCCAGCUGUCUGAGGUGUCCCUGGUGGUGUCCGUCUACAGUCGCAGGAGCAGUAUGAAGGCCAGGGAGAGAGUGGGCUGGGUGUCCCUGGGCUUCAACAGCACUGGAGAGGAGCAGCAGGCCCACUGGAGCCAGAUGAGGGAGGCAGAAGGACAGCAGGUGUGCCACUGGCACACACUCUUGGAAUCUUGAUCAGGUCUUAAAGCGGCCUGGACAGGUACCAGAUUUGAUCUCUGUAAUGGAGUAGAACCUGGAUCAACUAAGGUGAAGGGAAAUGGUUAAAGGGCAGGAUUUACGAUGGACGAAAAGGAGGAGGACGGCGACGAGGAACGUGACAGAUUACGUUGACGUCUGUGUUGCGGGGGGAUUGGUUACCUGGUCUCCCGUCGGAGAAGCAGAUGAGGAAGUUUCAGGAAGAACCAUCCGGUCCUUAAUGUGCAUAUCUACAUGGUGUGUGUGUGAGGGGGCUUUGUUUCGAGAGCCACAUGGAGUCUCCCUGUUUAAUACCCUUUAAUCCAUAAACCAGCCACUUAACCUCAGACAGACUGGUCAUCUGCAGGCUGACUGGUUCUUAGGAAUGACUUCCAUCUCCAGUUAUUGUUAGUGGUGGGACUGUCAGACUGACAUUUUAAAUGAAAAAGCUGAUUAUCAACUGGUCCUAAAAGGGUUGUAAUGGCAACUGACAUUAAGACGAGGUCUGAAACUGACUGUUAAGUCUUAGACUGAGAACAAUUUUGUGUCGUUCUGGUCCACAACAUAUUUGCAUGCAAGUGUUUACGGAAGAUUAUCAAAAUAUGACCAUACAUAUCUUGUACAAUGGACCAUUUCGUUCCUGAACAGAGGACCAAAGAGUGUGAAGAAGAACCACAACAACAAACCAGCCCCGUCACACUCUGGGGUUGAAAUGAACAUAGAAAUAAAAUUGCUUGAAGGAACUGAGCUACUUGACCAAGACAAUUUCACUGAAACACUCGUUGGGUACACUCAUUGUGGCUGGACAUUGUAAUUUUAUUUCUAUGAUACUGACUUCAAAUGACACCAGCAUAUCUGAUGUUUCUCUCUUGACGCUUGUGGUCAUCGGUAACUUUUACCACGACGAGCCAGCUAGGCCUGUAACCUGCUGCAAAAAGUAGGCUAGCAAGCUAUGCUUAUUUAUAAAAUGUGUUUACAUUUACAUGACAUUAUGCAAUUUCCAUUUGAAUGAGUAAUUUUUCUUCUUGUUUUAGAGGUUUCUUUUUAUGGCUGUUAUGCAUUAUAUGGGUGAUGUGUUUUCUGUCAUAAAACCUUACGGACAUACAGUACCAGUCAAAAGUUUGGACACACCUACUCAUCUAAACUAUGAAAUAACACACACCAAAAAGUGAAAAGUGCUAAACAGAUCUAAAUACAUUUCACAUUGUAGAUUCACCCUUUGCCUUUAUGACAGCUUUAAACAUUCUUAGCAUUCUCACAACCAGCUUUAUGAGGUAGUCACCUGGAAUGCAUUAGAAUGAAUGGGUGUGUCUGUUACAAGUUAACUUUCUGAAUUUCAUUCCUUCUUAAUCCGUUAGGGUGGGUAUACAGAGGUUGAUGAGGUAGGGUGGAUAUACAAAUGACCAUGUGGUGCAGUAGUCCUUAUUCUGACAAGAACAGCUCAAGUAAGCAAAAGAAAAACAACAACCCAUCGUAAUUUUAAGACAUGAAGGUCAGACAGUCCAGACAAUGUCAAGAACUUUGAACGUCUUCACAAGCAGUUGCAAAAACAAUGACCAAACUGGAUGUCAUGACGAUCACCGCGGUAAAGAAAAAGACCAGAGUUACUGUUGCUGCCGAGAAGUUCAUUAUGGUCUCCAUCUUCAGAAAUUGGCAAUUAACAGCACAUCAGAUUGCAGCCCAAACAAAUGCUUCACCGAGUUCAAGUAACAGACAUCUCAACAUCAACAGUUCAUCGGACGUUGCAUGAAUCAGGCUUAUAUGGUCCAAUUGCUGAAAAGAAACCGUUACUGAUGGUCAACAAUAAGAGGACAGGCUUGGGCCAAGAAACAUGAGAAGUGGACAUUAGACCGGUGAAAAUCUGUCCUUUGGUCUGAUGUGUCACAAUUUGAGAUGAUCGGUUCCAGCCGCCAGGUCUUGGUGAGACACAGAGUGGGUGAACAGAUGAUCUCUAGGUGUUGCCCAUCGUAAAGCAUGGAGGAGGUCUGAGGAUGUGAGCGAUGAAUUCAAGUCACCCUCAACCAGCAUGGCUACCAAAGCAUUCUGCAGCGAUACGCUAUUCCAUCUGUUUUGCGCUUAGUGGGACUAGCAUUUGUUUUUCAACAGGACAAUGAUCCAAAGCACACCCCCAGGCCGUGUACGGGCUAUUUGACCAGGGAGAGUGAUGGCGCUGCAACAGAUGAAGUGGCCUCCACCAUCACCCAACCUCCACCCUAAUGAGAUGGUUUGGGAAGGAAUGAGCAGGUAUAUCCAAACCUCUGACUGGUAUUGUAUGUUUAUGUACACAAAGUUCAAACUUAAUUUUCAUAGUGGUCUUAUAUAAUAUGAAUCUCCAUUUAGUAUCAUUUGAUAAUAGGAAAGCAUUUUCUGAGGCUCACUGGGUUAUCCCAGUCUUUUCUACAUUGUUACAGACUGACAACAACACUGUAGCUUACAGCAACUUUAUAAAACAGCCAGAACCAUACAUAAAGCUGUGUUACAGUACUACGAAAAUAAAACGCGGUCAUACAGUGUGCUAAGAA